AUGCUGCUCUCACGUCAAUUGUCCGGAGCCUUCUCCAAGUCGUUCAAGUCCAACUCUCUGCUCGCACGAUCGUCGGGACCCCACCGCCUCUCGUCCAACUCCAGCCACCCCCAACGCCCCUCCUCCGCCCCUCAAAACACCCGCAACCAGUUCAAGGUUGUCCCCAUCCUCAUCCUCAUCGCCAUCAGCUCCGGCUCCUACGCUCUCCUCGUCAAGUCGCGCACCGGCCAGUCCCAGCGUCCCGCCAACUAG